AAAAUACCAAAUUAUAGGUUCAGCCCAACAUUUUGUAUUCCAUAUUGGCAUUAGGCUGGCAACCCUAUAAAGAGCUAAAAAAGAGUCUGGUGAAAACAACAAAAUCAUGGAUGCAACUUCAGCAAUUACAGCUGAUGUGGAUAAAACACAGAUUCCGCCGUUGAAUCAUAAGCGCGUCCUUGCCUUUGUCAAUCACUUUCUCGUCAGCACUUGCACCUUUCUAAAUGAGUUUGCUCUGGGCUGUGAGACCAAGUUUGUGCAGAUGGAGCGGCAAUUACAAAAAACGGAGGCCGCCCUUUUAAUCCUAGAGGCCAAGCUGGCGUCCAUACCCACCGAGCCCCAUUUGGUAGAUGAUAAGCCGAAAGUGUCAGCGCCUACCUCAGCACCCAGCGAAUCUAACGCUUCAAUACCGGCCACGGAACUUCCCACCACAGAGAUCCAAUCUGAUACGGAAGACCCUCCUGAAUGCAUUGGAGUGCGUGCUUCUGAGGAUGCGCGCUACAGAAAGUUCUUCAAAAUGGUUCACGUGGGAGUACCCGCUCCGGCUGUUAAGCAAAAAAUGCAAUCCGAGGGGCUAGAGCCUCGUAUUCUGGACAAUCCCGAUCUGAUCUUGGCUGAUGGAAUACGUGAGUGAGCUGCUUGUAAAGGAAAAAACCCACCUUGUGAUAUAGCACUAGUUGCUACACUUUUCAAUUAAAUAUUUUGUAAAUCUUA